GGCCUCCCGACUGGAGCAGCGAUACUGCGUGAUACUACGGUGAUACACACGAAUGUCUAUUGUUAGCACAGCGGACGGUCAUGUGCCGCUUUGUUGACAUGACGUAAAUUUUUAUCCCCCCUUCUUCAGGAGAGCUUCAAAGAAGAAAAAAAAAACGAGUUCGCCGUGUAUAGAGCGUCAACAACCUUUGACCCCGGAUGUUAUCCAACGGUUGAUGGUCAAACGCUGCCCGGCUGAUGAUUGGCUGACCUCCGAGGGUUGACCCUGGAGCUCGAGGUGGACGUCUGCUACAGCCCGACGACAAGAUGACGAUAAAAACAUAUUCCGACACGUUCUGGGGAGGCGACCUAAGUAGUACAGCUGGAUACGAUGCCCUUCAUAAAAGAAAUCAAGAGAGUAAAAAGAUGUGCUCUGAGCUAGAGGAUUAUCUUAAAAAGAGAUCAAAGCUGGAGGCAGACUACAGUAAAUCCCUUUCAAGCUUGUCCAAAUGUUUCAAACAAAGGGAUGAAGUGGGUGUUCUUGAGGCCACACUAAAUAAACUGAAGCAAGAACUGGAGGCCAGGGCCAACCAUCACACACACGCGGCCAACCAGUUCCAACAGAAAGCUGAUCUGGUCAAGAAAUUUAAAGACGAGCAAACAAUCAGCAGGAAAGCUAAAGAAGAAUCAUUACAGAAAGUUCAAAGCACAAAAAUAACUCAAUUAAAUAAAACCAUUCAGCUUGAGAAAACAUACAACAGAAAGUGUUCAGAGAGGGACACAGCAAAAGCUACGUUAAAAGAUAUGAAUGCAAAUACAACACCCCAAAAAGAUAUUGAAAAGGCACGGAAGAAUGCAGCAAAAAGUGAUGAUGAGGCAGAAAAAGCAGAUACUACAUACAAAAGUGCAGUUAUGGUUCUUGCAGACUACACAGUGCAAUGGGAAAAUGAAAUGAAAACCACAUGUCAGACCAUUCAAUUGUUAGAUGAGGACAGGUUAAAAUUUUUACGAGAAGAAAUAUGGGAGACAUUGAACAUUGAUUCAGGACUUGCACUAAAGAUUGACAUGUCGUGUGAAGAAGUAAGAGAUAUUCUGGAGAAGUGUGAUAUUGUUUCAGACAUCCAGGCUUUUAUUGUGAAAGAUGGGACUGGAGAGACACACCCUGCUCAAUACCAGUAUAAGCCCUAUAAUAAAUUAUCAUUAAGUGACACAGACAGUAUUGGCAGUGACUCUUCUAACCCGUAUAGUACCAUUGGAGAGGAGAGUCAUAAUGGGAUUUCAUCCUCAGGAUCUGGGAAGAAAAAUAUUUUAGGAAUUUUAACAAAAAAGAGUUCUUCCACUUCUUCAUAGUAAUCAAGCUUUUAUUUCAUUUUAUUUAUUGUAUAACUAACUAAAUCAGUACCAAUAAAUGGGUGCUAAAAUUGAGCUUUUUUUUAAAAAAAAAUUGUUAAAUAGAGGAACAAAUAUUGUUGUAAUGUAAAGUUCUUUGAAUUAUAUUUAGAAAAAAUAUUACUGAGCUUUAAUUUAAUCCAUGAUGAUGUUUUGUGUUAACAAUGAAAAGUCUACAUUCUAUAUUUUAAUUAAUCAGUAAAAAAUAAAAGGUAAUCUAAAAUAAAGCUUUUUUCCAAAGCAGUGGAUUUUUUUUAAAAAAGAUGAAAAAUAUUUUAGGAAAUGUAUUAAACAAUUUUAUUUUUAACUUUAUGUAACUAAAUGUAACUAAGCUUUUGUUUAAUUCAUUUUGACUGUUGACAAUGAAAAAAAAAUUUAAAAAAAAAAUGAAAAGUAAAAUUUAUCAAUAUGAAUAGUAUUAAAAUUGUAAUUGAACUUUUUUCAAAAUGCAAGUUGAUUUUUGUAUUGAUGAAAAAAAUAUUUCAGAAGUAGGCCUACCUUCUUCAAGCUCAUUCCAAUUAGAAAAAUUGUUCCAGCUGAUUGUUAAUGUUACGAAGAAUGGUAUACCUACAUUUUAAAAAAUGUAAUUGAAUCGGUAAAUGAUCAAUUUUUUAAUAGCUUUACUGUUAAUUUAUGUUGAUUUUAAUUGGGCUUGUUAUAAUAAAUAAUACAUUAAGAUAAUGUGUACAGUUGUCUGAUUUAUUUUGCUUUGAACCAUUUGGGUUGAAAAUAAAUUAUAAUUUAAUUUAAUUUAAUGGGAUUUAUAAUACAUGUAUAUUUGACAAUUUAAAAGUUUAUGAAUUUCCUCUUGUGAAAACUUAAGAUAAAUCACAACAAAAAAGUUUAAUUUUAAGCAAAUGUUAAUUACCAAAUGUGACAAUUAUUUAAUUCAUGAAUUAUGUAUUUUCAUGUUUUUAGAUGUUUAGAUUUUACUUUUGCAGAGAAAAUGUUUAAUUUUGACAAAAAAAUUUUAAUUAUGAUUUUUUAAUAUAAAUAUUUCCCAAACUAAUUAAUAAUUAAAAAAUUAUCUGUAACUGUGUAACCAAUAAGCUUAGUGCAAUUGAGUGAUGCUAUUGAAGUGGAGAAUUUUAUUAUUUAUGAAUGUGAGCAAGACACAAUCAUCAAAUCCUAAAACAACCAAAUAAAACUAUCUUUAGAAAGCUAAUGGUGCUAGCUUCAUAACAAUGCAAGAUUGGCAAGUUUGCUAAUUAAAUCUAGAAAUAAUAUAGUUUCUAAAGAUUUUAGCACCCUACAUUUUUUGUUUCUGAAUAUGUUGUUGAUACUUGUAUUUUUGAAAUAAAAUUGCUGUAUGUGUUCAUUAAGUUCUGGUGUAAGGGAAAAAUGAUGUGAAAACUAUUGGCAACUGUUGUGUGCUCAUAAAUCCCCAUCAAUGUGAUAGAAAAAAUUAUUUAUAACAUUCACUCUGUUAUUUUUAAUAGAGAAAUCUGAGCUGCCUGACAAAGGAAGAAGACUAAACAUUGUCUAUUACUUGUAUAAGAACCCUUAGUUCUCAAAACUUACUUGCUUGUUUAUAUUUAAAUUAAUAUAUCAAAUUGUAGAUAUUUUAAAUGUUUUUUUAAAAAGAUACAUUCACAUUAAUGUAUGAAAUAUGGGCAACUCUUAACCUUCUUUGUAUGAAGAUUUAAAUAAUCGUAAUUUUUUUAAAAACUGUGCCAUAUUUACAUAUUUCUAAUGUUGUUUUAUAUCUUGUUAAAUAAAUGAAUUGAGCUGAUUUUUUUUAAAAAGGUUUUCUGCCCCAGCUCAACACUUACCUGCAAUCUUGCCUGGUAUUGAUGUAUCUUGCUUUCAAAGAUUGGUGAAUACUUCUCCACCAAAUACAAACUUGAUUUCUUGCAUGUGAAGAAUGUUGUAUUAUUCAUUCCAUCUUUUUAUAUAACAAAAAUGAAAGAUCUUAAAUUAUUUUCAUUUAAAUACCAAAAGAAAAUUGAAACGUAAAUAAUGGAUUAUUUUAAAAUUGAUUUGUUUAACUGACUUAAAUAUGCAAAGCAAAAUUGUUGUCUUCUAUUGUUUAUGAUUCUAAUGUUUAAAAAUCACUAAGAUGUUAACAAAGAUAUUUUUGUAUCCCAGGCCAUUGAGCAAUUUUAAUGAAUUUCAAUAAUGAUUGUUGAUCUGAUCCCUGUAAUAUGUAACAUUCCACCUGGUUCCCCUUUUAGGUGUUCUCUUUAAAAUUGUAAUAAGGGGAAAUAAUCCCAAACUAGAACUUGAAAAAUGUGUACACCAAAGGGAAAUAAUCUCUUUUCAUUUUGUAAACGUAGGUUUCUCACUGUUAAAGUUUCAUAAACCCAGAUGUCUUUAUGCUUAAACAGUUAAGUGUAUGUUGUAAAUAACUCUUAUGUUGCAGAUACAAAAAUGGCUAUGAGCUUUGAGAAAUUGAUUUUUUUGUCUUGUUAAUAUCAUUAUGAGGACACAUUGCAAUUAUGGAUUAUAUACUAUAAUAUAAAACAGGGGAGCAGUAGUUUAACGUUUCGAUUGUCAUUCUUUGUUGGGUAUUUUUGGGAAGAUCCCCAAUUUCUCACUUGACAAUUUUUUUUUAAAAAAGUAGAUAUUCUUCUUGAUGAACUAGAUUUCAUGUUUCUUGACCUGUUCAUAUGAAGGAAUGGUGAGGCCAGCACGAUCACCAGCCACCCUUACUUUCCCCAAUGUAAGUCAGGUACCCAUCAGAGCUGGAUGGACUCAGGGAAGUCCUAUAGUCCUGAACUACCAAACGACCACACCACCCCACAACAAUAGUUGUCAUGAUAACAUCAGGCACAUAGGCCUUUUUUCACAUUGGCAGCAAUGACAUUUCACAACAAUAGAAAUUAAAUAAUAAAGACAUUUGGUUUGUUAUACUUACGUUGACAUGGGUGGUAAAGAGUAUUGCUAUAUAAAACUGACUUUGAUAAUACUUUUCUCAACAUAUAGAAUAAGUGUAUGAAUAGGUUGGUACCAUUGGCUUACACAUUUUCCCCUUUAACUCAGUAUACACUGAAUUUGCAACUUUUUCCAAUCAUGGGAGAUAUAUAUUUUUAUAAAUUCAUAAAAAACAUUAAAAUAACAAGAUUUUAUAUAGCAAUGUACUAAAAAGAAGAAAAAAAAGCAUUUUGUUUAAAUAUAUAAUAAUGCACUACUAUUAAAAAAAAACAACUACACAACAGAAAAUUGAGAGUCGCUUCUUAAAUUUUAGUAAAGGUAUUUAAUAUACAGUGUAGUGACUCACGCUUUUUUAAAUAGUUAUUUAAAUAGUGGUGCAUUAUUAUAUAUUUAAAGAAAACCAUUUAUAAAAGCUUGUUAUUAAAGCGUUUUAAUGCAUUUUUUCUCAGUACGUUACAAUAUUUAAUACCAAAGAGUUGAAUGGCUAAAAAACAAUUCCCCGUUAAAUAAAAAAAAUUUGCUUAUAUUAGCGCGGUAAAUAUUUAGGAGUUUUAAUUAAUUCUUUAAAAAUUUAUUAAGCAUCCAGCUAACUCAAAUUUGAUAUCAGACUGCAUUGUCAUCGGGUCUUGACCCACGUGCCAUUUUUGAAACUACUUGGUCUCUUAGAAGUGCUCUUUCGAUCCAUGACGAAACACGACAAAAGCACGACAGAUAGACGAAUUAAAGCUUGUAAAAAGCAUUUUUUUUAACUACAACUAUGUGAUUCUCACAAUUUAAAAAUUACUGUCUGUGUGUGUGUCUGGGAUAUAGACUUCUAGACAUGAUUUUUAAUCCAUUUUAAAUACUCAAACUUUUUAAAAUAGAAUAUAAUCUCGUAGAAAAAAGAAUUGCACACCAAGUGAACGCUAAAUAAAGAUGUACAUAAUAGUGCGCAAUAUUAUUAGUACUUUAUAAAUAGCGUAAAUAAGUACUUCCGGUCAACGGAAAUUACUCAAAAUUUGACAAAAGGUAGAGAAUUAGAUCUUUUACUUACAUAUCAAAUUUCAUUUAUCUAUCUGAAAUAGUACUCAAGUUAUAGGCUUUUGAAAAAUUCUAAGUAGAAAAAGUACCACUUCCGGUUAUCGGAAAUCGCUCAAAAGUUGAUACGUAUCUACGAUUUUGAUAAAAUACUUAUAUAUGAAAUUUCAUCAACCUAGCUGUAACGGUACUCAAGUUAUCGUGUUUACACACGGACACACAGACAGACAUACGGACAAGAUUGCAAAAUUAUGUUUUUUCCGUAUCAGUGAGGUGUAAAACGUCGAGAUUUGCACAAAUCUUGAUUAUUUUUUUUUUUUUUGCACGAUUACAAGACUUUCUCUAUACUUCGAAUAUACCAGAAAGUAAAAAGAAUGAUAACUUUUUUGCUGUACCAAAAUGGUUGUAGUUUGUACAGAAGGAAAACAUGGACAUAAAAAUGUUGGAGCGAUCUACUAUGAGAGUAUUAUAUGGGAUAGCGGGAUGUGAGAAAAUGUACAAUUUAUGUUUUAAUGUUAUAUGCAGUUUUUCUUUUGUCUCUUCCAACAAUCCAAAAGAACUACUGUCACAGCUCGAGUUACCAAAAAUUGUUACCACAGUAAAAAAAUAUACUCCUUUUUAAUAUUAUUGCCCCUUAAAAUGUUAACUUUUGUUUUUUAUAAAAUUAUAUAUGAAUUUGUUUUCACAUUUAUCUAAAAUAAAGAAUACAUUUGAA